AUGGCAACGACAAACACACUAGGCGUGGGCAUACCCGUCGCGAUUCCCCUCAUUUCAUCCUCAUUGACCGUCUUCUACGCGCUCGUCGAACCGACCAUCUUGUACCCGUUCGUGAAAGAGUCCAAAGACCAGCUCUCCACCACCAGCAAAGCAGUUCGGCUGUGGUGGAGCAAUUUUCUGCCCCUGAGGAUCGCCACGGUCUUUGCCACCACCCUGCCCUCCAUCAUCGGCGGCGUAUAUGCUUCUCGAUACUUCCCCGCAGACAGUUCGAAACGAACGCUUUCUCUAGCCGGCGCCGCGUUCACUAUGGGACACUUCGCAUUCGUCUACCCUAUCAGCCAGAAAAUCAAGUGGGCGUGUGACGAAGAGGUGGAAAAGAAAGGUCAGACCAUCGAGUAUGUCAAGCAAUGGCUGAGAAUCCAUUUGUGGAGGACCUUGUCGACGGACAUCCCUGCGCUGGUCUGCUUCGCUCUGGUCGCCUUUGGCAAUUAA